AUGCGCGAAAAAUACCUACACAAUGGCGCCUGUAUACCCUCAGUUGGUCUGGGAACAUGGCAGAUUCCUAUAAAGGGUGUUGUUCGUGCCGUUGAUGCCGCCAUUAACUGUGGUUAUCGGCACAUCGACUGUGCUUUCGAGUGUGAAAAUGAAAUCUUUAUCGGAGCCGCAUUGAAACACCAGUUUGAAGAAGGUUUGCGUCGUCAUGAAGUAUUCGUCACUUCAAAACUUUGGUGUACCUUUCAUCGGAAAGACAAAGUUAUUGAAAGCUGUAUAAGGUCCCUGCGCGCUCUCAAUUUAGAAUACUUGGAUUUGUACCUAAUACACUGGCCAGUCUCAUUAAGGACUAUAGUUACCUUUAAUGUAUGCACUCAACAUUCAAAGGCUAUGGAGCAAUUGGUGAGACAUGGUCUGGUUCGUUCAAUUGGGUUGGCAAACUUCAAUGAAAAGCAGAUUCUACGCAUCUUAGAGUGUUGUGACAUACCACCGGCGGUGUUGCAGGUUGAAAGCCAUCCCUACUUCCUCAACGAGACGAUUAUCAACUUUGCUCGCAACUCCGGUAUGCAAGUGGCCGCCUACGCAGCUCUGGGUUCCACCUAUCAUGAAACGUGGAGCAAAACAGACACACAAGCCAAUACCCUAUGUGAAUUCAGUAAAGAUAAAGGUGUCAUGGCCAUUCUGGAAGAUCCAGUGGUGUCCGAGAUCGCCCAAGUUCAUGGGAAGACACCAGCACAGGUUCUCAUUCGUUUUGGCUUGCAGAGGAAUCUCAUAGUUAUACCGACAAGCAUUAAUCCCACCAGAAUCAAGGAGAAUAUUGAGGUGUUCGACUUUGAGCUCUCAAUUGAUGAAAUGGAACGUCUCUACGCUCUCAACAAGGACCUACGAAUAAUAGACCCAGUGAGGUAG